AGCAGAGGGGGCGCCAAGCGGCGGGAGACGAGGCCAUGGGCGCGCGCGUCGGGGCGCUGCUGCUGGCGCAGCUGCUGGUGCGAGUGGAGCUCGGGAGGCAGGAGUUUCAGGAUCAGGACCAGCUGUUUGCAGGUUUCGAGAACUCGUCGUUGCUCACGUGGCCCUGCGGCCGCCACAAAAUCGAGCCGCGCGUGGUGGGCGGAAAGGACUCGAAGCUGGGGCGCUGGCCGUGGCAGGUCAGCCUGCGCAGGGGUAAACGCCACCGCUGCGGAGCGAGCCUGCUGAACCGCCGCUGGGUGCUCACGGCCGCGCACUGCUUCGAAAAGCACAGUGAUCCCUCGAAAUGGACGGCUCAGAUCGGUGAGCUGUCUUCUAGGCCAAGUUCCUGGAAACUGUGGACCUUCUACCAUCGUUACAGGGUGAAGGAUAUUAUUAUAUAUCCCCAGUUUAGUGGGACUUCACUCAAGGACAUCGCCCUGCUGAAGCUGUCCUCCUCUGUCACCUACAAUAAGUACAUCCAGCCCAUCUGUGUUCUGACCUCCUCUUCCGAGUUCCAGAACCGGACCAACUGCUGGGUGACCGGCUGGGGGGACAUCCAAGAAGAUCAGGCUCUGCCCCCUCCUUACAUUCUCCAUGAAGUGCCGGUCUCCAUCAUAAACAACUCCCAGUGUGACUACCUGUUACACCAGCCCAGCUUCCUCAGUAACGACCUGAAUGACAUGAUUUGUGCUGGCUCCGAGGAUGGCAGCCGGGACGCCUGCAAAGGUGACUCAGGUGGACCCCUGGCCUGUGAAAAGAAAGGGCUGUGGAUUCAGGUUGGAAUCGUGAGCUGGGGAUCAGGCUGCGGGAGGCCCAACCGGCCGGGUGUCUACACCAACGUCAGUGUAUAUUUCAACUGGAUCCGGAUGCUGUUGGCUCACAGCCACGGUGUUCCCAGGCCAGCCCCCUGCCGGCCCGCGCUCCUCCUCCCUCUGCUCUGGCCUGCCUCCCUCCUGCAGCUGGCCUGAGCCCUGCAGAGCC